GGCCCUUAUCGCAAGGGUCCCUUCCCCUCCGCGCCAGCGACGGAAUUGGCGGGAAGGUCCUGAGUCGCAGCCAUGGUGCAGCAGUCCAUUUUGUCAUUCUUCACUGCCCCGAAGGCCAAGAAACCAGCUGCAGAAGCUGACAAUAAAUCCAAAAAUGAUAAAAAGAAAGAAUCGACAGAGGUGGAAGACUCACCAGUCAAACGCACACCUCGACGCAAGAGAGCAGUAAUUGAAAGUGACAGCGAGGAUGAAGCUGUCCCAUCAACAAGUAGCCCAUCCAACAAGUCAGAUGAGGAGAAAGAGAACAACUCAAAGAAGGCCAGUGAAAAUCGUGAUGAAGAUGAUAGUGAUGAAAAAGCCGAGAAAGACUCCUCUUCAAAAAGCAAGAAGACGCCAAAGGAGAAGAAGGGCAACAGCAAGGCCAAGGGAAAGAAGAGCACCCCGGCCAAAGAGAGCAAGGCCCCAGUGAAAGCGGAGAAAGCAGACACUGAGGAAAUGGAGGCAGAAAGUGAUGAAAAGGAGACGGCCGAAGCAUCCAGCUUAAAGACCCCAAAGAAGCGGGAUAAACCAAAUACAAGAGCCUCACCUGGAUUUACUCCUGAUACAGUUCCCCCCCUUCGGAAAACAGCAAGGAAACAGAUGAAGCGAAAGAGUGAUAGUCUGGAAGAAAAGCAGAAGGAGAUAGUCAAGAAGAUCAAAGUAGAAGAAAAGGAAAAGGAAAACUCAGAGGCUAUGCAGGAGGAGGAGCAAGAGGAGGAGGAGGAGGAAGAGGACAAAAAAAAGGACAAAAAAUCUGAUGUUGGAAAGGCCAACAUUAAGGAAGAGGUGGAAAAGCAAAAGGAAGAGGAGGAGGAAGAGGAAGAACAGAUGGAUGUGGAUGACUCAAAGGAGAAGGAGAAAGAGAAAACCGAGAAAAAGAAACCAACUUCAAUCCAUAGCUUUUUUUCUCCAAGAUCCUCUAAGGUUACCCCAACAAGCACAAAAGUUGAGAAAGAUAAAGAGAUAAAGAAAGAGAAGAAAAGCCCAGGCAGUCCAAAAGCUAAAAAGGAAACCAAAUCCCCUCAGCAAAAGAAGGCUAAGAAAUCCCCCAAGAGCCCUUCAGAUGAUAAGAAUUCCUCUGAAAACAAAAAGAAAUCCCCCACAAAGGAGCAAAAGGAUGAUAAGGAGUCCUCUGGGGAUGAAAAGAAGUCCCCCCAAAAAGAGGCUGCUGAGAAAAGUGAAGAUAAGGCAAAGGACAGCCCUGCUACAGAGAAGAAGGUGGUGAGAAACCCCUUUGCCCCAAAGGCCUCGGGUGCUAAGGACCCUGGGGCGGAUUACAAUCCCUCUAAAAGCAAAUACAAUCCCGUCAGUGAUGCCUUCUGGAACCAUGGUGAAAAAACACCAUAUCUGGCUUUAGCCAAAACUAUGGAAAUUAUUGAAAGCACAAGUGGCCGUUUGAAGACUAUCGAGAUGUUGGCAAAUUUCUUCAGAUCCGUCAUAGUUUUGUCUCCAGACGACUUAUUGCAGUGUGUCUAUCUAUGCCUUAAUAAAGUAGCACCUGCUUUUGAAGGUACCGAGUUGGGCAUAGGAGAAACAAUUCUCAUGCGUGCAAUAGCCCAAGCUUCAGGGCGUAGUGUUGACAAAAUAAAACAGGAUGCUGAGCAGAAAGGUGACCUCGGAAUAGUUGCUGAGCAGUCUCGGUCAACUCAGAGAAUCAUGUUCCAGCCUGCAAAGUUGACAGUAAAGGGUGUUUUUGACAAGCUGAAAGAAAUUGCAUCCAUGUCUGGCAAUGACGUCCAAAGUAAAAAGAUUGACAAAAUCAAAGGAAUGUUUGUCGCCUGUCGGUUUUCUGAAGCCCGUUAUCUAAUCCGAUCUCUCAGCGGGAAACUACGCAUAGGGUUAGCCGAGCAGUCCGUACUUCAGGCCAUAGCCCAGGCUAGCUUCCUCACUCCUCCAGGCCAAGAAUACCCACCAGAAAUCAUGGAUGCCGGGAAGGGAAUGAAUCCAGAAAAGCUAAAGGCCAAAUAUGAUGAAUGUGGCAUGAUACUGAAAACAACCUAUUGUGAAUUCCCAUCAUAUGACAAAAUCAUACCAGUCCUCCUGACAAAAGGCCUAGAGGAACUUCCGAACCAUUGCACACUGACCCCUGGAAUUCCAUUGAAACCCAUGUUGGCCCAUCCCACUUCUGGGGUGUCGGAAGUCCUGAAGAGGUUUGAAAAUGCCAAAUUCACCUGUGAGUUCAAGUAUGACGGAGAGAGAGCACAGAUUCAUUUGAAGGAAGAUGGUACAGUUAACAUAUAUAGUAGGAACCAGGAAAACAACACAACCAAGUACCCUGACAUCAUAUCUCGGUUGAAGAAUGCCCUUGGGGAAGAUGUCAAAUCAUGUGUGAUUGACUCGGAAGCUGUGGCGUGGGAUCAGGAGAAAAAGCAAAUCUUGCCUUUCCAAGUUUUGAGUACAAGAAAGAGAAAGGAUGCAAAUGAAAAGGACAUCAAAGUACAAGUGUGCGUGUUUCCCUUUGACUUGCUCUACUUGAAUGGCAAGUCACUGGUCAAAAAGUCGUUUGAGGAACGUCGGGCCUUGCUGCAAGACAACUUCAAAGAAGUGGAAGGAGAAUUUGUCUUUGCUAAAAGUAUGGAUUCCACAAAUACUGAAGAUAUCGAAGAAUUUCUAGAGGAAUCCAUUAAAGGAAACUGUGAAGGUCUGAUGGUGAAAACAUUGGAUGUAGAUGCCACCUAUGAAAUAGCAAAACGAUCACACAACUGGCUGAAGCUGAAGAAAGACUACCUUGAUGGGGUUGGAGACACCAUCGAUGUUGUGGUCAUUGGUGGUUACACAGGUCGAGGCAAGCGCACAGGACAAUAUGGAGGGUUCCUCUUGGCUUGCUAUGAUCCAGACAAUGAAGAAUUUCAGUCUUUGUGCAAGAUUGGUACUGGCUUCACAGAAGAAGACUUACAGAAGCACACUGCCUUCUUCAAGGAGCAUAUUAUAGAAAAGCCAAAGUCUUAUUUCAGAUAUGAAAACAGUAUUGCUCCUGACCAUUGGUUUGAACCUGUGCAGGUCUGGGAGAUCAAAUGUGCAGACCUCUCCAUUUCUCCUGUACACAAAGCCGCGGCAGGAAUAGUUGAUCCAGAAAAGGGCAUUUCUCUCAGAUUCCCAAGAUUUCUCAGAAUUCGGGAAGAUAAAAAACCAGAAGAAGCUACCAGUGCAUCACAGAUUGCAGACUUGUAUAAUAGCCAAGACCAGAUUAAGAACAAGAAGGAUUCAGGGAACAGCAAUGUUGAAGAUUUUUAUUAGGGAAAAGGGAUUCCUGGUUAUAAGAUUUAAUUUUGGGUUUCAUCAAGGUAAUCUGUAUUUAAAAGGACUGAUAUACAUUAAGGAAAUAAUUUUAUAUUUAGAGUAAAUUUUAGUAUAUGUGGAGAUUUAUAGUAUUUUCGUAAUAACGAGUCGAUAUGAUAUGAAUUGCAAUGUUUGUGUUUUAUGUUAUUUGCUUGUUGUAUUUACUUUCCUUGGUUCCAAAGAAAUGUAAUAUGUAUUGAUAGAACUUCUAGAUCUUUAUAUAUAGUACAAACUUUGUCCAAAUCCUGGUGAAUUUUAACUAGUUGUACAUUCCUGUUUUAAUUCUUGUUUAUCUUGUUACGGCAAAUUAAAUUUAUCGAAGAAGAAAUGUUUUUGAACUCUUGCAUACAACUGUUAUUCUGUGUUUGCAGUUUUGACUUUGUACUUCCAUAUGCUGAAAUAAUUAUGUGAUGUGAGUUUAUUAAGACAAAGUGGAAA